GUGGGACAGAAUGACUACCACCAUGGAGAAAUCUAAAAACUUUCGCAUUGAUGCGCUACUGGCGCACGACGUGGAACAGAGGACUGACAGCGACGGUGCGUCCCCGGGGUUGUAUUACAGCAGGAGCCCCGACGGCAGUCCGGUGUCAAACCGCGGUUCAGAGACGCCCUCCCCUCAUCCAAACCCAACAAUCUCCUCUUCAGCCCAGCCAGGAGUCCUAUCCAAAUCCCAGCUCUUCAACUUGUCCCAGUCAGCAUUCACUGCUCUGCACCAAGGCGGUCUCCUCGGAAUGCACCCGGGCUCCAUGUAUCCUCUGGCGGCUCUCGGAGGCCAACACCACGCCUUCAUAUACCCCGGCUUCACGCAACUGGUCCAACCAUACCCGGAGCAGCUGAAGGGGGCCACCGUGGCCGCGACGCACGCGCUGGAGCCCUGGAUCAGAGCCGGGAUGAUGAUACCCAGAGUCGGAGAAUAUGGUGCCAUAGCCCAGGCAGGUUUGUUUGGGAAGUGUCGGAGACCCAGGACAGCUUUCACCAGCCAGCAGCUACUGCAACUAGAAAACCAGUUCAAACUCAACAAGUACCUGUCCAGGCCUAAACGCUUUGAGGUGGCCACCACUCUCAUGCUGACUGAGACUCAGGUUAAGAUCUGGUUCCAGAACAGACGUAUGAAGUGGAAGAGAAGUCGUAAAGCCAAGGAACAAGCAAACCCGACCUCCCCAGUGACUGACACAGACAGAACUGACAUGGAUAUACACAGCGCCAAGCCUCAGACUGAUUCACACAGCUCCAGCCUUGAGGAGGAAGAGGAGAUAGAAGGGGAGGACGAGGAUGAAAAAGAGGAGAUAGAGGUGCUGAGGGCAAGUUCUUUUGGCCCUGGCUUCAUGAGGCAUGCUGGAGGAGAAACAGGGAACUAUGGCUCUUACUCAGAGGAGGAGCUAGAGGAGGGAGGCCCAAUAACAAGGAGUGGGGUUUUCCCAUAGUAAUAAAGUUCUGCAUGUUUUUAUUGUACAUUUAUUACUCUUGAGAAGACAAUACACAAUGCAAUCAGGUGCACAAUUAUGCUAGCAUAAAGAGGAUCAUUCAUUUUUCACAGCCGUUUCAUAGUGCCGUAUCUGUAUCUGGAGCACCCAACUUAGCAAAAGAGUAUGUCAACAUCUGCACAUAGGGCUGAAUAUCAAAACUGAUUACAUCGAACCAGGAAAAUGCCAUCUUUAUAUACCUGGACAUCUAGUGGUUUAAUAGUCAGUAAACCAGAAGUUAUGACUUCAGAAUCAACAAAUACUGUAAUUUUGACAUAUUGUGGUAAUAUCUGUGCAUGAUUUACUUGCUAGUUAAACAGUACAAACAAAUUGAAAGCCUAUGUUCCUUUCCUGUCAUCUGUAAUACAUUCAUUUAUGUAUGAAUGUACAUGUACUCAAACUGUAUGAAAGGGGAGGGGGGUAAUAGCACUUUCAUGGAAAAAGAGAGAGAGAAAAAUUAACUUGUAGACUCAGGUUGUAAAGAGUGUCAGUGUUAGAUUGUUAUUUGUGUAUCCCUGUUACAAAUGCUGGACCAAUAUUCCACUAAAAAGUUCAUACUUUUAUGAAGACUUUACACAAAAUGUAUUCAUAUUCACUCAGUUGAAGGGAAUUACUUGUGGCAAGGCAAAUGAAAUUAUUGCUAUUGUUGGUUAUUUUUGACAAUUUGGUGAUGAAUUUUCGGUGUAGGCCUACAAUAUUCAGCUUUCUUUUGUGUUAUCUUCUUGAAACUGCAUGUCAUAUUUACUGAAAACCACACAAGUACAAAAAAGUGGAUGCAUGUGGUAUUUGAAAUGAACUGUUAAUGUGGCAUUUUCUCUGUAUUUUGUAAACUGUUCUCAUUUUAAGCUUGUUUAA